UGGCUACAAUACAUAAAUUGGAAAGCAAGACAUCAUCUUCCUGUAUCAGUCCCAUGGAGCUUAAAUCCUCCUCUCUUCUCCUAUUUACUUUCCUUCUACUCCUGAUCUUUAGAGUUUUGAAGCGACAACAGUCCAGACCGAAUCACUUGAACCGAAACCUUCCUUCUGGGCCAUGGAAACUACCCAUCAUCGGGAGCCUGCACCAUAUGGUCGGGUCUCUGCCCCACCGGGCACUAAGAAAUUUGGCAACAAAAUAUGGGCCAUUGAUGCAUCUUCAGUUCGGGGAAGUUUCCACGAUUGUAGUUUCUUCACCUGAGCUUGCCAAAGAGGUGAUGAAAACGCAUGAUGUUACCUUUGCUUACAGGCCAGAGCUUCUUGCCCCGAAGAUCCUGACAUACAACUGCACAGACAUUGCUUUCUCGCCUUACGGGGAGUACUGGAGGCAACUCCGAAAGAUUUGCACGCUGGAGCUAUUGAGUGCAAAAAGGGUCCAUUCUUUCCGGUGGAUCAGAGAAGAAGAAGCAUCAAAGCUCACCGAACAGAUGGUGUCAAGCGCAGGAUCACCAGUCAAUCUGACACAGCAUUUAUUCUCAAUGACUUACAGCAUUAUAUCAAGGGCAGCUUUUGGUCAGAAAUGCAGCGGCCAGGAGAGGUUCAUGGAAGUGAUCCAGGAAACUAGUGUAUUGGCACGGGGUUUUGAUAUCUCUGAUAUUUUUCCUUCAUGUGCUUUCCUCCACUCCAUCAGCGGGACCAGACGUAAACUCGAGAGGCUGCACCUAGAAAGUGACAAUAUAAUUGAGAAUAUCAUCACUGAGCAUCGGGAGGCUCAAGGAAAGAUGACCCCAAAAGGUGAAGCAAGUGAGGAUCUCAUCGAUGUUCUUCUUAAAUUCGAGAAGUGCGAUGAUCAGGGAUUCUCCCUUAGCACGAGCAACAUCAAAGCAGUGAUCUUUGAUGUUUUUUCUGGUGGGGGUGAGACAUCUGCAACCACGGUAGAUUGGGCCAUGGCAGAGAUGAUAAAGAAGCCAAGGAUCCUGGAAAAGGCACAAGCUGAGGUGAGGCGGGUUUUCGACAGACAAGGGGAAGUCCAAGAAGACUGUCUAACCGAGCUAAAGUACUUGAAAUUGGUCAUAAAAGAGGUACUAAGACUCCACCCAGCUCUGGCCUUGCUGCUUCCCAGAGAGUGUGGAGAGCAGUGCGAGAUUAAUGGAUUCGAGAUACCAAAGAAAACUCGAGUGAUUAUCAAUGCGUGGGCAAUAGGAAGAGAUCCUGAGUAUUGGGACGAACCUGAAAUAUUCGAUCCAGAGAGAUUCCUAAACAGCCUGAUUGACUACAAGGGUAAUAACUACGAAUAUAUCCCAUUUGGGAUGGGAAGGAGGAUCUGUCCAGGCAUAAAUUUUGGGCUCACGACUGUGGAGUAUCUGCUUGCGAUGCUUCUCUACCAUUUUGACUGGAAACUCCCCAGUGGAUUUAAGAAUGAAGAUGUUGACAUGACGGAGUUGUUUGGAGUGUCAGUGAGGAGGAAACAUGAUCUGUACUUAAUCCCCCUUCCCUACCAUCCUUAAUUUCCUACCAAGUAUAUUAUCGGUGUCAACACCUAGUGAAGUUGAUGUAGAAUAUGUAAGGGUUGCAUGACCACAGAUUACAGAUUCCCUAAUGAAUAUAUGGUGAAUUAUUUUCCUAAAA